UUAAACGUGUCCAUCGCUUUGAUACAUCACUUAAGUAACGACUUAUGAUACUCAUAACUGUAAGUUUCUUUAUACAUCCAAAAACAGAUGUAGGUGACCAUCUUUUUUAUACAUCUUGAAAGUGUAUAGUUUGGUAAUAAUGUCUAGUCAAUCGGAAACUAUGCAGGAUGGGUUGUUUAUGAGGGUAGUAUUUACGUUAUACGCUACAUUGAGGACAAAAUGUAUAAUACAUCCUGUUGUAGGUUAAAAAACAUCGAAAACAGGAAGUCAAUCAAAGGUUGUGAAUAAGAAAUGAAUAUAAAGAAACCGAUCAUUAAUUAGUUCGCAUCAAGAUGUUUUAAGAGUUCGAAGGUCGUGUAAAGGAUAUAAUACUGACACAGCCUUAUUCACAAGUGACCUUAAUACGGCGUAAAAUUUAGGAUUUGUUUCCAUUAAUAAACGUUCAAUUGGAAUCCUGGGUGAUGUCAAUGAUGCGGGUGAACGACGCUGAAUGGGGCGAGGAAGGGGAAAACAUAACACUGAGCGGCUUACAGGGGUUUGUGAGCACAUUGGAUGAGCAUUCGGGUACAAGUAUAUGCAGUUCGGACUUCCUGGCCCGUCACGCGCUUCUUCCGAUGGUGGAGGCAAGCGUUCGGGCGUUCCUGACGACGUGUGCAUCUCCAGGGGAGUCCCUUAUAGUACCGGACUGGUCGCUGUGUGGAGAGAGGGACAGCUUCAACUGCACAUACGUUCAUAUGUAUACUGACAACUGCAUGCGACUGCGGGAAUCCUACGAUCAAGGAUGCAAGGUGGCGUCUACACCACGCAUUGCACCUACUGAUGGACCCACGGGUAUGGAGGCGCUGAUGAGCGAGACUUCCGGUGUGCUGCUGCUCGUAGGCCUUGUGGUCCUGGGCGUCCUCAUUGGCGCCACUGCCACCAUCGCUGCCUGUCUCAUAUGGCCCGGCAUGCACAGGUGGGCAAACUCAAAACUGCGCUCGGAAAAGGAUGCGCCGCGACAAUCGACUGUCAAUUCCUACUACGAUGAUAUAGACCAUCAAAAGGCUCGGUCAGCUAUGCAGUUGCAGCCCUUACCAAAAACACCAUCAGACACAUUGACCGCCAUAAAACAUACAUCAACGCCUGCACACCACCCUCUACCCCGGCCGCACAUACAAAGUGGCAUCGAGCACAGACUUCCUUCUGCCGACGACCCCGUCCAUCGUCAUUCUAGUACGGAUUCCACCUCCCUAGGAUCGAGAGAUCAAUCACCCUAUGAGGGUAUGACCCGUGGAGGCCCGACCGAGGAUUACCACCAGUAUGCUGCCAUACAACCACUGUCUCCUGGGAAUCUCGUCACGACAGAGUCUGAACACUCAUAUUUCGUACUGGAAAAACGACCCGGAUAAAAACUUACUUUACAGAUAGUUCUAACGUGUUCUUGCCGAUUCGGCCGAACCUUUGUAGAGAAACAUUUGGAUAUACUCGAAAGCGCAAAUAUGUCUUGUUAUGAGAAUAUAUGCUUUUUAUCCAUCUAUUCUGACGAGUCGCAUUUCGUAGAUAUAUACCAUAUAUGCCAAAAGGUUGCUUUGGUAUCAUAUUUGGCCCGCCAUUAUUUUGUAAAAGAUAAAACAUGGUACAUCAUUUAGUUGCCUUUUUGGUUUCUUUGUUUGGUAUCAACUAUAUGUAAUUUGAUUAGUGUGGGGAAUUCAUCCAUUAAUAUUUAAAUUAAACCUAACCUGUCAUUGAAUAAACUAAACCCAAAUUC